UACUGGGAAACGGUUAUAGAACACCUAAAACUCCCCCCUUCUAAGACCUCUCUGUGGACUAAAUAGCAGAGAAAGAGGGAGACCUAUCUAUCCCUCCCUUCAUCACCUCCUUUCAGCAGCCCAGGCAGGAGAAACCGUGGGAGAGAAGGAGAAGAGGAGGAAAGAACAGUAGAGCUGGCGCCACUGUCCAUUAAAGCUAUCCACCACUCCAUUUACUCUAACCUGGGGGUUACUGUUGCUAGUUGGGACAUGGACACUGCUCCUACACCUGUGCUGGCUGCUGGGGACAAUGUGUGUGACAAGACGGUGUGCGAGGCGCUGGGCCACUUCGAAUCCACACUGGCGGUGGCGGUGCACGAGGUGCAUGUGAACGUGAGCGCCUUCAAGCGGGGCGUGGAGCGGCGGGUGGACGAGGUGUGCUGGGCCCAGGGACCCCUGGCCGAGGCUGUGCAGUGGCUGAUGCAGGAUAACCUGCAGCUCCGGAGCCAGCUGGAGGUGCUGGCCCGCCUGGUGGAGGGUCUGACAGGAAGAGGGGUGGACAGGAGCGCCCUGGAGGAGAGGGACAGUAGGGGACGGAUCCCCAUGACUUCGUCCCAGGGGACGGUGAACAGAAGCCAGGGGAGCCCCUCCACCACAGUCCCCUCUGGACUGUCAGAGUCUGGAUUUUCUGAUCUUGGUUCUGGUGCCUCUAGUUCUACAUCAGCCCAUCUCUCCAGCAGGGAGCCGAUGGGGAACAGCAGCAUGGCUAAUGGGCAUAAGGUUGUUGACAAAAUGGAAGAGAAAAAUGUUGAUGCUGUGUUGGAGAAUGGAAAUGACAAAGAGCAAGUCAGCGGUCAGGCAGCAGAGAAGCACAAGCCACAUCUCCCUGUCAGUGCCAUGACCAGGACUAGUCCCGAGUCACCAACUGGCCCCAGACGAGCCUCAGAGGAACUCAAGUCUGCUGGUCAUUCAUUAGAAGAUGUCACCUCACCCAAAGCAAUACCGGAUUAUUUGUAUAAAUCUGAGGACUCGUCAUUCGGCAAGCCACAUCUUCCCUGCACUGCCAUGACCAAAACGGACUCCCCAACUAGCCCCAAACCGCCAGCACAAUCUCCUGCUUUGGCCCAAAAGUCUCCUGCUUUAACACCAAAGUAUCCUACCUACCCAAUAGCAGACGUCACCACUCCCAAAACAGCACUUGUUGCUCUGUUUAGUCCUACACCAGCAUUAAAGAGAGAGACCCCUGUGCCAAUGCGUACAUUUACACUUCCAGGCCUAUUACAAGGACCAGCAGAGAGUUCGUCAGGACAACAUCAGGAAGUGAGGUCACCAGUCAGCAGUCAUGGAGCUCAGCAAGAGCACCCCACCCCUGUAUCUCUGGCCCCGCCCUAUGCCCCUGUCAGUGCCUUGACCAAAACUAGCCCUGAGGUACCAACUGCACCAGCCCCAACUCAGUCCCCUGCCACCCCAUCUUGGGCCCCUGCUGCCCCAUAUCAGUCUUCUGCUGCCCAAACUCAGUCUCCUGCAGCCACUCCAUCUCCUGCACCCAAAACACCUAGUCAAUCCGUAUUUGAGGAGACCACACCCAAAGCAUCAGGAGAAUUUCCUUUCAAACGUAGUGAACGUGAUAAGUUUGACAGUCCGAACAAGCUUGGUGGUCUGGACAAGUUUGGGGGCGGUGGGGAGCGGAAGCUGCAGAGGUCACAAACGCUGCCUCGCAACCUCGGGAUGCAGGGCAAACGGUCUCUGUUUGAGAGUUUGGCCUACGAGUGUGACAGGUCCAAGGCUGCAGGCUCCAAGCCCAGACUGCAGCGCACCCAGAGUUUCAACAGCGCUAGCAACAUCAAGGCAAUGCUCCUGGAGUGGUGCCGCUCCAAAACCAUUGGCUACCAGAACAUAGACAUCCAGAACUUCUCAUCCAGCUGGUGUGAUGGGAUGACCUUCGCUGCCCUGGUCCACUCCUUUUUCCCGCUGGUGUUUGACUACAACACACUGAACCCUGCCAAUCGCAAACACAACUUUGAAAUGGCCUUCACCACAGCAGAGGAGCAAGCCGACUGUGUGCGUCUCAUAGAGGUCGAGGAUAUGAUGGCGAUGGGUAGCAAACCAGACCCCAAGUGUAUUUUCACCUACGUUCAGUCCCUCUACAACCACCUCAAGAAGUUUGAAUGACACUCCCAUACAGAGGCGACCACCCCUAUCACCAGCUACACUGACUCAUGUCGUCAGCAAACCAAAGCACUACUCCCUACUUUGUUCAAAUCUUGAUAACUGUAUAUGACGAUUGUGCCUGUAGAAUUCUAUUUGAAUUCUUCUGGUCAUGUAAUAAUGUGCUGUGCAUAUGGUUUGGGGGCGUUUAUUUUGCCUCAUUUAGAAAAUAGAGGUAGUGAAUUGGGGAAAAGAUUGUAGUUGUACAAAUAUGUUUUUUGACUCAGAGAGCCACCUGCUGGUUAUUUUCUAGUGGUGUAAUAUGGACGCAGAUCAUAAAAUAAAUGGAACAAGAUCUAUAAAAUAGUCUUUGUCAAGCAUGAAGCUAGCAAAACACCUGAAAUACAUAAUUUAAUACAAAUUGCAAAGAAAGUGGGAAGAAAAUUAAAAUGAAAGAAGUGUAAAUGCAAAGAAAGUUGGCAGGAGCAACUUGUUAAUUGUAAGCACUGAUCUUGAAUCUGUUGGGUCUUCUGCUGAUGCCAUUGGACUCAAGGAUUUACAGUCAUACAGUACAGUAUAUUGUUGUUUAAAAGGCAUCUG